AUGCCCUUGUGCUUUGCAUCGUUACUUAACCUACAUUCAUUUCCUCUAGUUCGUGACAGCUGGUCGCAGAUUACUGAUAUGUCAACCGCACAGCCCAUGGCUUCUAUCCAUGACCAGACCAAGUCUCUGAUUGAAGUCCUGUCUGGUCAGGCACCGUCACGCCCUGUCGUGUCCACAGCACCACCUGUCGAUGACCCUUCAGUGUUUGUCUACAACCCUGACACGGUCAUCUUAUAUGCUCUUGCAGUCGGGCUGUCCACCCAGGAUAAAGAUCACCUCAAGUUUCUUUACGAGGGAGCCGAGGACUUCUCUGUGCUGCCGUCAUUUGGUGUGAUUCCUGCCAUGCCAGCUGUCUUUGGCUGUGUUGCACAACAUGAAGAGACAAGGAAGCUCAACAUUGACCCUACAAAGAUGCUUCAUGGGGAGCAGUACCUUGAGCUGCUUCGCCCGAUUGCGCCAUCUGGUGUCCUGAAAACUGAGGUCCGGGUUGUCGACGUCCUCGACAAAGGUUCUGGGGCUGUGGUAAUUGCGGAUGCGGACACAUUUGACGAGCAUGGCGAGCGUGUCAUCCACACCCAGUGGUCAACAUUUUUUGUUGGGAGUGGAAACUUUGGCGGCAAGAGAACUACUGACAAAGCAAGGCCCUUGGCCAACAUUCCAAAUCGCAAACCUGAUGCCGUUGUCGAGGAGAAGACAUCCAUCAACCAAGCUGCACUCUAUCGCCUUUGUGGUGACAAGAACCCCCUACAUAUUGACCCAAUGUUCUCAGCCGCUGGAGGUUUCCCUCAGCCGAUCAUGCAUGGGCUCUGUUCAUUUGGCUAUGCAACACGUCACAUCCUCAAGCAGUAUGCUGACAAUGAUGUGAGGAAGUUCAAGUCUAUCAAGGCUAGGUUCACAGGGCCUGUUGUACCAGGCCAGUCAAUUCGAACAGAGAUGUGGAAAGAUGGCAACCGCAUUAUCUUUCAGUGUUCGGUACCUGAAUCAAAGAAACAGAUUAUCUCUGGCGGCUGCGUAGAGCUUCACGAUGUUGCACAACCACCACCUGCUGCUCCUCAAGCACCUCUUGGAUCAUCACUGGAGUCUGAUAUGGAAUUGAAGACUGACCUCGUGUUUGCUGGAAUGGAGGCUCGUGUGGAGGACAUGCCUGAACUGGCCUCAAAAGUCAAGGCCAUCUACGAGUACAACAUUCUGGUCAAGGGAAAACCAGCUGCUGUCUGGACCUUGGAUCUGAAAAAUGGCAAAGGAGCUGUAUACAAGGGCCCUCCAAAAGAUGGCAAAGCCAACUGUGUCAUUACAAUUGAAGAUGAAGAUAUGUUCAAUAUGGCAGUCGGGCAGCUGGACCCUCAGAGGGCCUUUAUGACUGGCAAGCUAAAAGUGAAGGGGAACCUGCUACUUAUGCAGCGCUUGAGAGAGCUGCUGAAGCCACCAAAGGAUUCAGCUCCAACAAACCCAGCUUCGACAGCUUCAGCUCCUACGGCAUUGUCAUCUGCACCUCUGAAAAGUGAUGCUAUUUUUGUAUCUCUUGAAAAGAAGAUUGCGAACAACCCUGAUCUUGCUGCAUCCGUCCAGACCAUCUUCCAGUGGGACAUCAAGAAAGACGGACAACUUGCCAAGCAGUAUACCCUGGAUUUGAAAAAUGGCAAGGGAGAUGUCUACCUGGGCACCCCUAAGCAGGGAAAGCCUGAUUGCACUUUUAUAAUGGAGGAUGAAAUCCUGCAUAGUAUCUUCAGUGGAAAGCUGGAUGCUCAGAGGGCAUUCAUGACGGGCAAGAUGAAGAUCACUGGCAAUGUGCUGGCCAGCCAAAAGCUUCAGGAGCUCUGGGAGCAGGACAAGGAGGAGAACCCAGAGGACGAGCUUGCUGCAAUCGUCCAGUCGGCCAAGGACAAUGAGGCAGCUGCAGCUGCAGCGGCUGGUGUUGAUGGCGAGAGGCCACCACCUCCAAAUGAGCCCCCAAAUACAAUCAAGUCAGACUUCAUCUUUGGCAUCUUCAUUGAGUACCAGAAGCAGGAACCGCAGAUAGCAAGCAUUGUCAAGACAAUCUUCCACUGGAUCAUUCUCAAGGAUGGCAAGAAGGCCACAGAGUGGACUGUGGAUUUAAAGAAUGGCAAGGGAGACUUGUACAAGGGGCCUCCAAAAGGCAUCAAGGCUGAUGUCGCCAUCACCAUAGAUGAUGAGGAUGUGAUUCAGCUCAUGCUUGGAAAGUUGAAUCCACAGAAGGCAUUUAUGACUGGUCGUCUGAAGAUUCGGGGCAACAUCAUGUUGACGCAGCGCUUCAACCUGUUGUGGCAAGAAAUUCUGAAAAGUGGAAGAGUGGUUGAAUUGAAGUUGAUGAGCCCCCUACUCUCGGAUGGCACGCCCCUGAGCAAGGAGCUCUGGAGUGACUGUGCCUUCUUCGUGCUCACUAAGAAGUUGGCUCACCUGCCAGAUCUGGCACCUAAGGUGCAAGCCAUUUAUGAGUGGCGGAUUCUCAAGGACGGCAAAGAAGCGAGCAAGUGGACACUGGACUUGAAGAAUGGCAUUGGCGCUGUGUAUCGUGGAAGCCCCAAGGACAAGCCUGCAGAUUGUGCUGUAAUCAUGGAUGAUGAUAUCUUCGCAAACCUUGUGGCAGGAAGGGUGACGCCCCAAGUGGCAUUUUCAAAAUACGUGAAGGUUGAAGGAAAGAAGGAGCUCGCUGACAAGCUUCACCCACUCUUCCUUUCUGCAUCAAAGCUCUGAACACAACCCAUCAUAAUUAUUUUAGCUUAAUACUCGUUAUUCUUAGGGGGGCUAAUGGGCAAUAUGCAAUGGUGUGGCACUGAUAUUCUUAUUUUUAUAAUGACUUUAUUAAAACAUGUCGAAUAUACUUAAGUGCACAGUAUUGCUGCCGUGAACAUAUAGCUGCAUUAAGGUUUUCAUAUGUAUGAAUAAAACUGUUUUUCAUUAAAGC